GAGAGGAAAAAAAAAGUACGUGGAACAAUUUGUAAUGUCAUCAAAAUUUGGGCUUGAUUAUGCUAAACGUGUUGCUAAAUGUAAGAAAUGCCAGCAGCAAUUAUUGAAAGGGGAUUUACGAAUGUGGAGAAUGGUGCCAAAUCCUUUUACGGCAGAUUCUGGAAAUCCAACGGAAAUGAAAAAUUAUUUUCACAUAGAUUGUCUUUUCGAAACACUUACACGUUCCCGUGCUACAACGAAAGUCAUUGAUUCACCGGAUGAUAUCGAAGGUUGGGAUGUUGCAAAUGAUGAUGACAAAGCAAGCAUCAUAGAGAAAAUUAGGGAUCUUUCGGAAUUGCGACUGAAAAAAUUUGGAGAUAAAGUGAAGACUUCAGCAUCAAAAGAUACUCUCAAAAAAGCCGUUGCUAAGGAUAUAUCCUCAAAAAAAGUAAAGGACGAGAAAGUGGAAACGGUCAUAUCUGCUCGAAAGAAAGAAAAAUAUAAAACUGCCAAGAAAGAUUCGAAGGAAAUAACUUCCAGAAAAGUUGGUGAUAGCAAAACAAGUGUUUCCACUGUGAAAAACGAACAAUCAACAGCAGAAAUCUUAGAAACAAGUAAAACAGAGGAUAGUAUUCAAAAGAUAGGAAGCAAAUUCGAUAUGUUCAAAUUAUUUUGCAAACUUUGUGAUGUAAUUGCUUCGGUAUCGAAGUACACCGAGAAGACUGAAGCUGUUAAAAUAUUCAUUAACAAAGAAGGAUAUGAUGGCGAUCUACACUUACUACUCAAAUUUUUAAUUCCAGAAGCAGACCAGAGAAUAUACAAUUUGAAAGCAAAACAGAUUAUAAAAAUCUUUUCCACUCUAUUUGAUUGGUCUAUUGACGAAUUGACAGAAUCGUACAAUCAAACAGGGGAUGUAUCUGAGACAAUAUGCUCUUUUUUAUUGAAAUUCGAUGGUGAUCGAAAAAAAACGAAAAUGACAAAUCAAAUGGUAGAUGAAUGGUUAGAAAAGUUGAGUGAAUUAACACGGGAAAAGGAUCAGCAGUCACAUUUCUCGAAAAUACGUGAAUUAGUCUCAUGCCUGGAGUUGAAGUAUAUUAUCCGUUUGAUAAUGAAAGAUUUGCGUAUAAAUGCAGGUGCGAAACACAUAUUAGAAGGCUUAAGGAAAGGUGCGUAUGAAAUGUUCCAGCAUUCACGAAAUUUGCAAACUGUCAUUGAAAAAUGUCAGCAGACUGAUAAGGAGGAGUUGCUAGAAAGUGGCAUAAUUUUAAAUACGCCAGUUAAACCUAUGCUUGCCGAACCAUGCCGAGACGUUAAACAAGCAAUGGAAAAGUGCAGCAAAGAAAUGUAUGCUGAAAUCAAAUAUGAUGGAGAAAGAUUACAAUUGCAUAAAGAUGGUAGCAACUUUAGGUUUUUCUCACGAUCAUUGAAACCAGCAUUGGAUCACAAGGUUGUCGACCUGAAUAAAGUAGUCUCAGAAGCAUUUCCAACGAGCAGAGAUUUAAUUGUUGAUACAGAAAUGCUACUGAUUGAUACAAAUACUGGAAAACCGUUACCUUUCGGAACAUUAGGUAUCCAUAAAAAAAGCAGUUCAAGGAUGCGGCAAUCAUUAAGGGAGCGGCGAAAAUUUUUGGAGGACAACAUGAAGGAAGUGCCAAAUCGCGUAUUGUUAUCCAAUUGCAAUCUUAUUAAGAAAGGAGAAACUGAUAAGUUAGAAAUGUUGAUUUGGAAAGCUAUUGAUGAAGGUCUGGAAGGUUUGGUAUUAAAAGAUUUGGAUUCAGUUUAUGAACCUGGAAAAAGGCAUUGGUUGAAGGUAAAGAAAGAUUACUUGAAGGGAGGUGAUAUGGCAGAUUCAGCUGAUCUCGUUUUACUCGGUGCUUUUUAUGGGACAGGAAAUAAAGGCGGCACGAUGUCAGUGUUUUUAAUGGGAGUAUAUGAUAAGGAGAAGCGGAAAUUUUGCACAGUAACCAAAUGUGGCAAUGGCCAUGAUGACGCCACAUUAGAUCGUAUCAAUAAGGAAUUGGAACCAAAAAUGCAUAAAAUAUCUCGAGUAUACGAAAAUUUGCCAGAAUGGAUUGAUUGCUCUCGAUCGCUUGUUCCAGAUUUCAUUGUUAUCGACCCUAAAGAAUCACCAGUAUGGGAAAUUGCAGGAGCAGAAUUUACACGAUCAGAUAACCACACAGCGUCAGGUAUAUCGAUACGUUUCCCGAGAGUAAUAAAAAUUCGAGAUGAUAAAAAUUGGGAAACGGCUACUAGCUUGCAAGAACUUGAGAGAUUAUUUGAACUUUCGAAACCAAAAACCGACAUUGAAUCAACAAUUGAUGAUACCAUACCUCUUUAUGCAGCUAGUAAAAAUGAUGCAAAAGACGGAAAAGUUUUAACAGCAAGAAAAAGGAAACGAGAUGCGGUUACCGAAAAUCCUAAGAAUGACGAAGAAGUUGCUGCUGACAAUGUGAAGGAAGAUGGUGCAGAUAGCGAUGAGGAAGUGGAGAGAAAGAAAGCAAAAAUACCAUGCAAAUAUGGUGCACAAUGUUAUCGAAAGAACGUGGAACAUCGAAAGCAAUUUGAACAUCCGAAAUGA